AUGAGGCGAUUCACUGAGAACGAAAACCCGAUCCCUUCAUCCUCCCCAGCUUUUGCCACUCCGCAACAUCCGCUUCGCACCGGAUUAGACUCUCCGAUACCGAGCAUCCUCCCGAUCGAACUUCCUAUUACCACACUUCGCCCAGUCGCAUUCCGAGUUCUGACGAAAAAAUAUGGACUCACCAUCACAUCGUCAGCUUUACAGAAAUUGACUGCGUUUAUUGGGAGGAACUGUGGUUCGAAAUGGAGAGAGGGGCUUGCGGAAGCGGUGCUGAACUUCGUUGCUCAGCAUUGCAAGGACACCGGAAGAGUUAUUAUAGAUGCGCCUGACGAUCAGGAAUACCUGGGGACAAUUUUUAAAGAACUUUCGGGGCGGAUGAAGAGCGGCAGGAUCACUCAUGAGCUUAGGAUAGAUGGCCCGAACCCUGCCCGCGGAAUUACCAAACCUGAAGAUACAGCGGGCAACUUGAGCGGCAUACGAAGUCAUAUGAAAGUGAUAGGGGCUCGAGAGCAACCACGGUUACUUUACAACUUCAAAACGAAGCACUUCGACAAAAUCAAUACGAAGGCCUCGUUGCUUCCCUUAACCGCGAGCAAGACACAGCUCUUCCGGAACCGUUACAACAUAAUCCACCAGCGCCUUCUUCGUACCGAGUCCUUCCAGGUCCCAACAGCGAAUCGCGCGCCUACGUUGCAUCGAAGCUCCUCCUCUAUGAUCACAGCCCAGCAGACACACAGAUUAACUCCCAUAGCCAACCUCCUUGGCAGAUCUGGCUCACCGCAUCUCCUCCUCGGCCUCCUGACGAUUUCUCCAACAGGCACACUCGCGCUGUCCGAUCUCACCGGCUCCAUUAGCCUCGAUCUAACCCAUGCCCAGGUUUCCGAACCAGACGCAACCUGGUUUGUCCCGGGCAUGGUUGUUCUUGUUGACGGUAUAUACGAAGAUGAGGAUCUCACCACUGGCUCCGUCCUUGGUGGGGGAGGCGGGAUUGGAGGCACCGUAGGUGGCAAGUUCAUUGGAACGAUGAUCGGGACACCAAUAGCAGAGAAAAGGCACACCACACUCGGCACGGUAGGGGAAGACGAAGGGGGUGACAUCACCACCGGCGGUGGCUUUGGAUGGGUUGAUUUCCUCGGCGUGGGCAGCGAAAGGGAGAGGGGUCAGAGCAUGCGAGAGCAAGAGUCUCAAAUAUUUUCACCUCCCCCACCUCCUCCGCUCUUCGAUUCUCAAUCUCGGCCAGAAACACAACCAGCCUCCGCCUCCGCCUCUGUCCCAAAUCGUGGCCACAUCGCCAUCCUGGGCGACCUCACUCUCGACAACCCGCACACCGUCUCCGCUCUCGCCAAGGUCCUCUCCGUCUACUCUCUCCUUCCUCUCGAAGCACUCCCUAUGACCUUCAUUCUCCUCGGGAACUUCAUUUCCCAGCCCUCUCUCGCCCUCGCCGCCACAGGGCCUGUCGAAUACAAGGAGUACUUCGACAUUCUCGCCGCCACGCUCUCCAAUUUCCCUGUGCUUCUGUCGAACUGCACGUUUGUCUUCGUACCGGGCGACCACGAUGCAUGGAAUUCUUCCUUUUCCGCCGGUGCCGCAGGACCACUCCCGUACGAACCCGUCCCCUCAAUCUUCACGACAAGAGUGCACAAGGCGUUUGUGACCGCCAACUCGGAAGCAAAAAAGGAUGCAGGUGCCAAUGCCCCACCAAGGGUCGACGGCGAGGCGAUCUGGACGUCGAAUCCCGCACGACUGUGUCUUUUUGGACCUACGCAUGAGAUUGUGCUUUUCCGCGAUGACGUCUCAAGUCGUUUCCGACGCCACGCGAUCCGAACCGCCUCCGCACCUGUGCCCGAAGAUCCAGAGCUCGAUAUCGAUGCAGAAACCCAAGAAGAUCCGUCCAUACACGCGGCAAGGAAACUCACACAAACCCUCUUAGAUCAGGGACACCUGUCGCCAUUCAGACUCACCGACCGCCCGGUUCUGUGGGAUUAUGCUGGUGCGCUGCAGUUGUAUCCGCUGCCGAGCGCGUUGGUGGUGUGUGAUGCCGAAGCAAAUGCAUUUGUGGAGAAGUAUGAGGGGUGCUGUGUUAUGAAUCCGGGGAGGUUGACGGGAGGUGGGAAAAGGAAUAUGGCUAGCUGGGUUGAAUAUGAUAUCAAGGAAAGGACGGCUAGGGUGAGAGAGGUUGGAUAUUAG